AUGCUUUUCAACAGCACCAUGCGGUACAUGCUCUUUUUCGGCUUCCUUUCAUGGCUGGUCCUUAUUGAUAUAGAGCAUACACUAGGAUCGACAACUACAACUACCAUUCCUACUACAACUACCACACCGACUACAACGACAACUCCGACAACAACUACAACUCCGACUACAACGACAACUCCGACCACAACCACAACUCAAGCAACAACUACCACACCGACAACAACGACCACUCCAACCACAACAACAACUCCGACCACAACAACAACUCCGACCACCACUACAACUCUCCUCACCACUACAACUCCGACCACAACUACAACACCAACAACCACGACAACUCCGACCACAACAACAACUCCAACCACGACAACAACACCAACCACAACAACAACUCCAACAACAACUACAACUCCGACUACAACAACAACCCCGACCACAACCACAACUCCGACAACAACUACCACACCGACAACAACGACCACUCCAACCACAACAACAACUCCGACCACAACUACAACUCCUACCCCAACAACAACUCCGACCACCACUACAACUCCCACCACCACUACAACUCCGACCACAACUCCGACAACAACUACCACACCGACAACAACGACCACUCCGACCACAACCACAACUCCGACCACAACAAAAACUCCGACCACAACAACAACUCCGACCACCACUACAACUCCCACCACCACUACAACUCCGACCACAACUACAACAACAACUACAACUCCUACCACAACAACAACAACAACCACUCCAACUCCAACAACCACUACAACAACAACAACGACCACUCCGACCACAACAACAACAACUCCGACCACAACAACAACUCCGACCACAACAACAACAACUCCGACCACCACUACAACUACAACUACACCGACAACAACUUCUACUCCAACAACAACAACUACACCGACAACAACUACUACUCCAACAACAACUACUCCGACAACUACAACUACUCCGGCAACAACAACUACACCGACAACUACUACACCAACUACUACUACACCAACUACUACCACACCAACUACCACUACACCCACUACUACCACACCAACUACUACCACGCCAACUACAACAACACCAACUACUCCCACACCAACUACUACCACACCAACUACUACCACAUCAACUACUACCACACCAACUACAACAACAACAACUACCCCGACAACAACUACUACUCAAACAACAACAACUACUCCGACAACAACAACUACAUCGACAACAACUACUACUCCAACAACAAAAACUACACCGACAACAACAACGACCCCGACAACAACUACUACUCCAACAUCAACAACUACUCCGGAAACAACAACUACACCGACAACAACAACUACUCCGACAACAACAACUACAGCGACAACAACUACGACCACCCCCGGUCCGACUACGACAACACCAGCAACUGCCGUCAACCCGUGUGAUGAAUCACCAUGUACUCCACACGCGUGUGUUCGUACAAGUGACGGGAACUUCAGAUGUAACUGUAAUACAGGAUACGAAAACGAAAACAAUGGCACCGGACAAUACUGUAUCAACAUUAACGAAUGUAUCGUCAGCUCUGGAUGUAAAACUGGCGGGAACUUGAACGCUGGAGUAUCCUCGUGCGAAGAUACGGAUGGUGAUUACAUGUGUAACUGCAUGACUGGUUACACCUCUAGUGGCGACUUGAAAACCUGUCACGAUAUCGACGAGUGUAGCUCUAGUUCCACCAGUGACUGCGACGCCGCAGAGAGAGCAGACUGUGUCAACAAUAAUGGCAGCUAUACGUGUGCCUGCAAGACGGGCUACAAUGGAGACGGAAGAACAUGUCGAGAGGAAAGACUGGUUCCGUUCCUUAACGAUACGAAAAUCACGGGAGCUUACUCUGAUUAUAUAUGCCUCGAGUUCGCUGUCCCGAUCGGUGACUACUAUCAGCCGUGCAUGUAUGUGACGAAAAGUGGGCUCAUCCUUUUCUCAGAGGUACAUAGUGGAAACAAGAACUCGGGAAUACGUAGAACUUAUUCCAAUCCAGCGGCAGAUUUCCCUUUCUUGCAACAAAGUAAUCUCCAAGAAAAGGAGGCCGUGGCGGUAUACUGGGCCAAUAUGCAAACUGGGAUCGGAAAUGUAACCAACCAAGGGGUUUACUAUCGGGUCUACUCCUCGUCUGUGACCAGUGAGAACGCUGUUAUAGUGUCCGUAGCCGGGGAUGUCCAGACUGCCCUGUCCAACUCGUUCGCAGCCAAAGCGAUGGUGGUGUUUACGUGGUACAAAAUGCAGUAUCCAGUCACGGGAGAGGAGGUUACCUUCCAGGCUAUAUUGAUGACAGAUUUUAUAAAUACCAACGUGUUACUAAAAUACCAGGAAAUGCAUUGGAAUAUCUUAACAGGAAGCAUGACUUUCUAUCCGGCUACCAUUGGUCUUUCCAGGAACAUGGCAUCGUAUAUGUACCCGUUCUCAUUCCUUAGCAUCUCAACCGACGCCAAUAAAGACAAACUUGUGUUCAUACAGACACCUGAUUUAGUCGAUCCAACGUCAUCGGCACUUGGGAACCUCAACGACAAUUUCUUUUAUAAAAUUGGGAGCAAGAAAGGACAGUUUGUCCUGAAACUCAGCGACAACAGUGGAUCAACUCUUCAGAAAAGUCUGAAGUGCCACAAUUGGCUUCAGACUGACUUGGCCGACAUGACACACCCGCUGAAUGACACCUCCGACGCGUCAACGUGUCCGUCAUCUGUCUCAAUGUUCCCACCGUCAACCUACUCGUUACUCGUAAAUAGUAGGAUCCCAAGUGGAGUGGACUGUUACGUCAAUAUAGCGGCUUCAGAUGCAUCCUCGUCGAGUCCCCAGAGUAAGAGAUGUUGUUACCAAAGUAACGGAAUAAUUACCAAUAUUCAAAGUGCCAAUUGUGUGAACACUUAUCAAAGACAUCUGGCCUCGGCCCAAGCUCUUGACGACGCCGCUUGCGAUUACUGUUGUGCAUCCGACAUCAUGUCAUAUACCACGCGAGAAAUGUGUAACGAAUUUGUGACUAGACGACCCAUUGGUACUUCAGCUAGCUAUGCAAAUGGAGCAAACGCUGCCUGUCGCGGUGACCCUCAUUUUUCGUCUUUGGAUGGUGUGCCUUUCACGUUCAAUGGCAGAGGUGACUUCAUUAUGCUCAAUUCCACAACGUUUAGAUUCCUAGCACGGUUGGACGCUUACGUUAAGGAUGGGAUUGAACAAGUCGCCACCAUUUUGAGAGCACUCAUUGCUAAGCAAGUAACUCCAGCUAGUGAUACUGUGGAGUUUCGUCUGAACGACACCACGGCUGCCUUGGAAAUCAGUCGCAAUGGUGUGCUAACGGAAGUGACGUCUACGAGCUUCUGGACGGAAGUAACUAUUACCAUGCCAACAACCUUGGAUUCCGCAAACAACACUGUAACGACGUACUACAUGGCCUUUAGUUCUGGUGCGGUGAUUGGAGCGAGUGUCAGUAAUGGACUGAUACAGCUCUCUGUUAAUGGCCCCUCGACAAUGAAGGGCACUUUCGAAGGUGUGUUGGGCAAUUUCAAUGACAACCAAGAAGACGAUUUCGCAGACCCGGCCGGAAACGUUUUAUCUGGAGGCUCAUCCGCUACCGAGGAGCAGAUCUACGAUACCUUGAUUCAUUGGUCUACUGCGAACGUAAACUGGACGCUGUUCACCGACGCCAACGGAAAUCCUGAGUUCAUUACCGUCAACUCUUCCAUACGCCCUAUGUUCUUUGUAUCAAACCUGACCGUCAUGUUUCCUAAUGAUACUGAACGAAGUCUCGCGAUCAGCACGUGCUAUGGUCUAGGGCCAGAGGACCCCGAUCCAACUCAGCGUAAAGAAUGCUACUUUGACUUCAAAGUAACAGGAGAUUCAAGUCUAGCACAGGCUACUUCUGCAGCUAAAGCCGAAACUGAAAGCAAUCGAGCAAACCUUGAAAACUUCCCUCCAGUCGCAUCCACGGAAAACGUCACACUGCACGUGACGAUCAACACUAAUUACUCCAGUUUGUACACCUUGAUGGCUACGGACGCCAAUAAUGAUUCUAUAAGCUUCGCCAUUGAUCCUUUAAAGACCUCCAGUGGAGUCGCCAUAGACAACGUGACCGGUGUCAUCUCCUGGUAUAACAUACCGGAUACGAGUCUCAGCAUCACCGUCAUCAUUUCGGAUGGGAAGACGUCGUCGGUCUGGACCCCGACUAUAUAUCUGUGCAAAUGCGUUGGGACCGGCACGACUUGUGACUUUGCAAAUAGCGGUUCUGGACUUUUUGAGAUCGUCCCAUGUAUUUGUGGACCAGGACUAGAGGGGACUUUCUGUGAAACCGACAUAGAUGGAUGCGCUGGCCAAUACUGUUUCCAUGGUGUCCUAUGUACAGACAUAGCGGCAGCUGAGGUAGCAGCCGCUGGAGCAGAGGCAACGUGUGCGGCAUGCCCUUUCGGUUUGACAGGGGAUGGCAGAACUUGUACAGAAGUAAACGAGUGCUUGGUAUAUACGCCAUGUGACCACAACUGUCAGGACCUGGUCGGUGGAUAUUCAUGCUCUUGUAAUGCUGGCUUCGACCUACAGGCCGACCUCAGAUCCUGUGUGGAUUCUGACGAGUGUCUCAAGGGUACGGAUCUGUGUAAUACGGCAAACACCCAGUGUAGAAACACCAAUGGGACGUACGCCUGUGACUGCCUGUCUGGUUACGCCUACAAGUCCUUCCUAGAAUGUCAGGAUAUCAACGAGUGUAUCACAGGGGCGUUUACCUGUCCGAACAACUCACGUUGUUCCAACACCGUCGGGGGGUACACCUGCGACUGUAACUUUGGUUACGAAAGGGAUGAACAGUUGAACACGUGCAUAGAAAUUAACGAAUGCCUUCAGAAAAAUACCUGUGAGCAGAAGUGUGUGGAUGGUGUUGGUAUAUACACAUGUGAAUGUUUGCCAGGCUUUGUUCUGGACGCAGAUGCGCGCACCUGUAAUGCUAACGGAACCUGUACUGCCGGCGAGAUCCAGGCUUGUGAUGGUGGCAGCAGUCAGUCCAAGUGUUCCCCGGAUCCAGUCAAUGGCGGUACCACAUGUGCCUGUCCUAGUGGAUUCGCGCUGAAUAGCUCGAACUUUUGCGAAGAUAUCAACGAAUGCCUGUCUAGCUCAGGGGUGUGUGAUGCCGUGUCGAGCACGUGUAACAACACAGAGGGUGGUUAUGUGUGUGACUGUAAAACUGGCUUCUCGCCAGUCUCAGACACGUGCACAGACAUAAACGAGUGUACGGGUGGAACACAUACCUGUAAUGCCCCCGGUUACUGCAUCAACAUCGCAGGAUCAUUCGGGUGUAAAUGUCCAGAUGGCAUGUUCUUAUUAGCGGACGGAAGGACCUGUCAGAAAUGUCAAGCGGCAUCAAGGUUGAGAUAUUGA